UUCGGCAGCCUUUGACAGGUACAAAGAUGUCGUCAACAAGGGCACCACAGCCGCCGACUACAGUGGACCGUCUCGUUUGUUCUGUAUAGUUUUUUUUUUGACGUCUGUCGUCAUGAUAUGCUGCUUUAUUUUAAACUUAACGGCACACCCGACAUCUUCAAACGACGGGAACGGACCGAAACCCUCAAAUGCAGCCUAGCAGCCUGCUAGCCAUUCACCCGAGAAAGGAAGUCAUUGUUUGAGUUGUAGGCUAACAUGGCAACCAAAGCUAAUGCUAGCAGCGUCGGCUAGACGAGCUUCACGGCCGUUUUAUUGCAAAAGAUACUGCUUACGUGGUGAUCCUGCAUAAUGUGCGACGGUCCUGAAGCCAGUAAGCAGUCCCUCUCUCCCUCAUCUUGGGCUGGCCCACCGGUUUAACCAUCUUCCCACAAAGUCUCUCUUCUGAGCUGCCAACAUGACAGACAGGAAGGAGCCACCCUUCUUCAACGAUGACAGUGUGGGAGCUUUUCAAUAUAAGCUCCCAUUCUAUGACACUAUGGAGCUCUUCAUAGAGACCCUGACAGGGACCUGUUUUGAGCUGCGCGUGCUGCCCUUUGAGGCCGUCAUUUCAGUCAAGGCGAAGAUCCAAAGGCUGGAAGGUAUCCCUGUUGCCCAGCAACACCUCAUCUGGAACAAUCUGGAGCUGGAUGAUGAACAUUGUCUACAUGACUAUGGCAUUGCAGAGGGCUGCACUUUGAAACUGAUCUUGGCUAUGAGGGCAGGCCCAAUUAACACCAGAAGAGUAACUUUGGAGGAUCCCAUCAAAGAGGUUGCUGACCUGAUGGAGAGUACAAAGAAGGAGAGCUCAGAGAAAAACUUGUCCAGCAAACAGGUUACAUUUGUGGUCUAUCGCGAGGGGGACCAGCUGAACUUCUUCCGAGUUGUUGACAGGGGAGAUGGCACCUUGACCCCACUCUCUGAAUCUCUGAGUGGUGGCUCUGUGUACAAUAUGUGCACAGAAGAAGAGGAGGACGGAGCAGCUUCAGCAGCUGCUCAGCACAUCCUUGAGAACUCCAUCACCAUGAACAAAAUGAAGCAACUCAAGGCAAAGAUGGAGGACAUGAACCUCAGCAAGAAGCCGAAGAAGCCCACAAAGAUAAAACCACGGCCUCCUGUCAGCCCUCAUCCCUGCGGUGGUUCUGUAGGACCACCAAGCACAAGACACCACCAUCGCCUCUUUCGUUCACUUGCUCAGAUUAACCAGCCUCGGCAGUCAAAUGCACAACUACCUCCAAUUCCAGACCAUAAACCCGUAGACCCCUUGCCCACCUCUGCUGCUGCUUCAACCCCUUCGCACUUGACCAUCCCUAGACGGCCCCCUUCCUCUUUCUCUUCGCCUUCUUGUUAUAUGCUUCAGGAGGAGGAGCCAUGGGAGACAUGCCCUCCAUUUGCAAAAAUCCGACCCCCUCCUAAAGUUUCCCAGUGUGACAUUGGCAGCACCAGGUUAAUGAGGGACUGUGUGUACCCUCAGCUCCCUCCACUGUGUAUCAGGGGGCCACCCGAGUCCUCAUUUGACACUGCCGAGCCAGCAAGGGAGGCAGUGGGGCUGGGUUUGUUGGAGGAGGCUGCUGGGCUGGUGGUCCCAUCACAAACAGGACCUCAGUUUGGAGAACUUUCAGACCCACUAAGUCUGGAUGUGUCAACACAGCCUGAGGGCAGCUGCCAGUCUUUCGCUGUUGGGGCCCAGCAUCAGCUGCCUCUCUCCCCCUCCCCUCUGAGCACUUGGACACUAGGAACAAGUGAAACUCUCACCAGCAGAGCUGACCGGACUCAGCUUGGCACAUCAUUUCACAUCAGCCCCCCUUCUCCUCUGCCUGCCUCCACCUCACCUUCCCCUUCUACCAGACCUUUGCCUCAGCCUUUCGAUUCCUCCGUCUCCUGUUUACACCCCAACCUUGAAGCACAAGUGAGACCAGGGAACACAUCCCCUCACCCCACCAUCUCCUCAUCCGUUUAUCCUCCAUGCCUUCGUGGUGUCAAAGUAGAGUCACCUGGUAAAAGGCCAGAGCUUAUCUCCAAAAGAGAAGCAAGAGGCAUCACUCAGAUGGCCAACCAAGCCUUUAAGGAGCCCCUGGGGUCCCUGAACAGCUCUGAGCUCUUGGCUUCUCUCUCCACAAGGGCUUCAGACAGCAUCCACAGCAGGGGUGGCCUCAGAGAGAAUCUGGGACUUGCACUGACCAUUCCUCCUGCCACAGCCUCAGGACAAGGCAGUCUCAGCUCCAGGCUGCCAACUAUUCAGAACAACAUGCUCCUUCAGGAUGACAUCCUUAGACAAAUGUCACCUUUGCACCAAGCAGCAGCGUCUUACAUGGCCACCAAUACUCUUGCAUCAGCUGGGGGAGUCAUGACUUCAUUCGGGCGAAUAGGCACUCCAACAUACCACCUACCUCCAGUCAAAGCUCCCACAGGCAGCAAGAAGAAAAGCUCAAAGCACUGCUUCCUCUGUGGCAGGAAGACUGGCCUGGCCACCAGCUACGAGUGCAGGUGUGGCCAUAACUUCUGUGCCACCCAUCGCUACGCAGAGACGCAUGACUGCACGUUCGACUACAAGAGUGCCGGACGCAGAUUUCUGCAAGAAACCAACCCUCUUAUCAGUGCUCCCAAGCUGCCUAAGAUCUAAAGCCCUCAACCCUCACCUCUCUGAAGGGAUUGCCUGAACUACAGGUUGAUAUCAACUGUAUGAUAAAGUUUCUGCAAUGUGAUGUUUUCUAGCAGAAAGAAGGAACUUAUUCACCACUGUGUGCUCUUUUUUAAUCUGCCAAGUUUGCUUUAAAUUCGAAUAAGAUUUUCUGUAGAAGCCAAGUGUGAACAAACGAGAAGACUGAAGCAGCACAGAGCUACUUAUCACCUCUUGACAAUGUGAAGAUGAUCCUGUUUUUAUCUGUUACUUUAUCCUUUUUUUCUUUGCCUAAAAACAAAACAAUGUGCAUGUAUGUAGGUAGGAUUUGCUAAUUAUAUCUGCUGCACGUUCAGACAUAUCUAUUUUUACUUUUGUCAGCCUUUGUUUGUUUCAAAAGGACCGCUUAUGACUUUUCAUUUGACAAGUCUUUGACAGAUGCACUUUAGAACUAUCAUAUUUAUACAUUGACUUUCUUUAUUGUGUGAGGGAGGAAACUUAAUUUCUGUGUUUGUCUUAUGAAGUGUUCAUGCUGUUGUCAUUCUGAGUUUUUUAAUAACCUGCACCUCUGAGAGUCUUUCUUACAUGGGCACAUACAACCCAACAUCACUAAUGAAAUCUUUCUUAAAAGAACCCACAUAUUGAUGAAAUACUUAAUAUUUAUUAAUACAAAUAUUUAAGUUCAAGGGUGGUUUUGAAAUAGCAAGUAUGCAACGUUUGUAGGUAUGAAUGUCAGUUUUAAUGUGUAUCCUAUCAAGUAAACUGUAUUAGGAUUUUGGGGGAGGGAGGGUUACGGUAUUUAUGACAUGUCUCUAUAUAAGGUGGUUGCCAUAAAAAUCUUUUGUAUGUCUUUUUUAUUGCUCAUCUGUAACAAAAAAAAAACUUAAAAUGCUGUAAUAGUAUCUCCAAGGGUUUGAUCUAAUAAAGUUUCUUUCCAGACAUCA